AUGACACAAGAGCCUCAUGACUUCGUCUCCAUCUCAGACAUUUUAGCAAAACAACAAAUAGACGGCAGAGUUUACAGACAACACGCUCCGAAUCUGAAAGAGCCGAGACACAACAGGUCACGGUGUCUGAGAAACUGCCUACGACUCUGUUUCAAGAAACGCAGCGACAUGGAGCAGAGAGGAGCUACAUCAGACCUGAAGCCGAGCCCCUUCUCCUCCCUCCCCCCCCUCUCCCCCCUCUCCCCCCUCUCCCCCCUCUCCCCCCCCUCCCCCUCCUCCUCAGACGGGGGCCUGAGGGAGAUCACCACCUCCUGGUUCAUACAGACCCAGGCCUCACGCAUCACCUCCAGCGGACUCUUCCCAAACUGGUUCUUUGGCUUCGUCUCCAGGAAGGACGCGGAGGACAAACUGAAGAGUAAAGAAGUGGGCUGUUUCCUGGUGCGUCUCAGUGACAAAGCUCUGGGAUACAUUCUCUCCUAUAAAGGCAGAGACAAUUAUCGCCAUUUUGUGAUCAACCAAACGGCUUCAGGGGAGUUGGCGGUUCUCGGAGACAGUCAUCGACACAGCACCGUCUCGGAGCUGAUCCAGUUCUUCAGAGAACGACCCAUCGAACCGUUUGGGGAAUAUCUGACUUCCUCCUGUUCUGCGACUCAGAAUGAAGACCUGUACGACACUUUCCAGAUUAGUCCAAAAGAUAAAUCACGGGCAACAGUCAACACUGAGAAUAAACUAAUGAGAAACCAGGAGUCAGAGCUGGGUCUGACUCCGAACAGGGGCCCGAACCGGCCCUCAGAGUUACCACCGCUGCCCCAGAGGAGCAGGCUUCCAAAGAACGGCCCUGAGACCCAGGAAAGCGUCUGCUACGCUGUGGUCAGACGUAAAAAGCCUAAAGAUGAAGUGAGGGGCCCCUGCAGACCCCUGUCCCUGUGCUCAGUGGCCCUUCAGGACAGUCGCAGUCUCUCUCUGCCUCUGCUCCUGAGCAGCAAUGAGGAGCUGAUUUACAAGCUCAGUGUGACGGCCCCCAGAGGCAGCCCUGAGGCCUCACACAGCCCUGGGCCCCCCAGCAGAGGCCCCUGUCCAGCCCUCAGAGCAGAGGACAGAGGGGGCCCCAGCCCGACCCUCAGAGCAGAGGACAGAAGGGGCCCCAGUCCGACCCUCAGAGCAGAGGACAGAGGGGGCCCCAGUCCGGCCCUCAGAGCGGAGGACAGAAGGGGCCCCAGUCCGGCCCUCAGAGCGGAGGACAGAGGGGGCCCCAGUCCGGCCCUCAGAGCAGAGGACAGAAGGGGCCCCAGUCCGGCCCUCAGAGCAGAGGACAGAAGGGGCCCCAGUCCGGCCCUCAGAGCGGAGGACAGAAGGGGCCCCAGUCCGGCCCUCAGAGCGGAGGACAGAGGGGUCUAUGAAGAGGUCCCAGCGACGCACCGUCUUGCAGCAGACAACACCUAUGAACAGAUCCCAGAGAACAACCACUACGAGCCUGUGGGGCCCCUCAGGGUCAAACACGGGCCCUCACCCUGGGGGCCAAAGAACGAAAAAUGGAAACGUCUUUUUCCUGAAGCCAAAAGGAAAUGA